AUGGGCCAUCUUUUCCUCCUCCUGGUAGCCCUCCUGCUCACUUCCACGCGAGCCACCGCCGUCCAUGCCAGAGCUUCCGUCAUUGAGGAGGCGAGCUUUGCAGGCAUCAGGGGCGUGAUCGGAUCCAGGCCGCCGAGCUGCGAGGGGAGGUGCAGGUCCUGUGGCCACUGCGAGGCAGUGCAGGUGCCCAUAUCUCCGCAGCAGCUGCAGCAGAGGAAGAAGGAGGGUCUCGGCCAUGGCAGCAGAGCUGCUGCUGCUACCACCGGUGGAAGAGCAAUGCCGGCCUCCUACGACGACCACUCCAACUACAAGCCGCUGAGCUGGAGAUGCAAGUGUGGGCGGCACAUCCUGGACCCUUGA